CCACAGGAGGAGGUGAAGGUGAAGAUGAAGGAGCUGAACGAGCACAUCGUGUGCUGCCUGUGCGCCGGGUACUUCAUCGACGCCACCACCAUUACCGAGUGCCUGCACACCUUCUGCAAGAGCUGCAUUGUCAAGUACCUGCAGACCAGCAAGUACUGCCCCAUGUGCAACACCAAGAUCCACGAGACGCAGCCCCUGCUCAACCUCAAGCUGGACCGUGUCAUGCAGGACAUCGUCUACAAGCUGGUGCCUGGCCUGCAGGAGAGUGAAGAGAAGCGGAUCCGGGAAUUCUACCAGUCCCGUGGCCUGGACCGGGUGACACAGCCCAGCAGCGAGGGUGGGCACGUGCAGAUCCUGUUCAACAACGAGACCCUGCCUGACCAGAUGACCAUGAAGCAGCUCUGGCUCUCACGCUGGUUCGGCAAG